AUGAAACCCCUCACCUACCUCUCUCUCCUCCUUGGCAUCUCUACAACCACUGCCCUCGCCGCUCUCCGCCUAGACGCAACCCCCGACGAGGUCGCCAUGGCAGAAGCUGAGUGCGGGUCCCUGGGUGUGAUGAGGAUCGACCCAGUAGAGCUGCCCGAGGGGUUACGAUGGCCGACGUCCGCAAGUGCGCCGACCAUCCGCUUGGCCUGGGGUGUAUCUGGGUCCGGGUCCUGGUGCUUUCGCCAGGUUCCGUCAGUUCCUGCCGACUUGGGUAUUUUCAGAGGACAGCCCAGGAGCUGGGUCGAGGCCCUGUAG